AUGGACAACUUCAAAACCAUCCUGGCCGCCGAGCGCCCGUUCACAGUCAUCCUUGACGACCCAAUCUCCAACUCGUUCAUCCAGAACAUCUGCGCACCCGACGACGACCCGGCCAUUGAGAAAAUCGAGUACAAGCGCAGCUUUGACCAGAGCGAGGAGCUUGGCUUGAACAACAUGGUCACCGAGAACUAA